CAGCGCGGAUUAUCAGAUUAUUUUAGAGAAGAAAUAGCCGUAGAAAUUCCUAACAAAAAUCUAUUUUGAUUGAGAAACACCAAUUGCUUCUGUACGAACAGUUUGCCGUGGAACAGUUGAUCAAGAUUUGCUUGUGUUGUAAUUUGUGGUGGAGUAGUCUUAUCCAGAAUUCAUUAAAUUCCAUAAUUGUGUCCAAUAGCGAGAUGAGCGGACGGCCUAGGACAACCUCAUUUGCUGAGAGUAAUAAGCGACCACCCAAUCCUGUACCUGGCGCCAUGAAAAUAACAAGUAAAGAUGGCUCAAAAAUAACAACCGUAGUCGCAACUCCACGACUAGAAUCAGAUAGAGUUCAGGAAGUAUCUUAUACGGAUACAAGGAUCAUUGGCAAUGGAAGCUUUGGUGUGGUCUACCAGGCAAAAUUAUGUGACACUGGCGAAUCGGUGGCAAUAAAAAAAGUUAAACAAGAUAAACGGUUUAAGAAUCGAGAACUGGAAAUAAUGAGACGGUUGGAGCAUUGCAAUAUUGUCGGUCUAAAAUAUUUCUUCUAUUCGAGCGGGGAAAAGAAAGACGAAGUUUAUUUAAAUUUAAUGCUCGAAUUCAUGCCAGAAACAGUUUACAAAGUGGAACGUCAAUACGCUAAAAGUAAACAAACGAUGCCAAUCAAUUUCAUCAGGCUCUACAUGUAUCAGUUGUUCAGCAGUUUAGCCUACAUUCAUCAAUUGGGUAUAUGCCAUCGCGAUAUUAAACCACAGAACCUGCUUUUGGAUCCGGAAAGCGCCGUCCUGAAAUUAUGCGAUUUUGGUAGUGCUAAGCAAUUGCAACCUGGUGAACCAAAUGUUUCCUAUAUUUGCUCAAGGUUUUAUCGAGCACCUGAACUGAUUUUCGGUGCCAUCAAUUAUACGACAAAAAUUGAUAUUUGGAGUUCCGGUUGUGUUCUGGCUGAACUAUUACUCGGCCAACCAAUAUUUCCUGGUGAUUCUGGCAUAGAUCAGCUUGUUGAAAUAAUUAAAGUGUUGGGUACACCCACACGUGAACAAAUCAACGGAAUGAAUCCGAACUACACCGAAGUUAAGUUUCCACAAAUCAAAAGCCACCCAUGGCAAAAGGUAUUUCGUGCGCGUACACCACCAGAAGCAACUUUACUAGUCUCUAAACUUCUUGAAUACACACCGAGCGCAAGAAUAACACCACUGGAAGCUUGUGCUCAUCCAUUUUUCGAUGAUUUAAAGGAACGUAAUCAAAGACUUCCGAAUGGACGAGAACUGCCGCCAUUGGUUAAUUUUUCUGAUCAAAAACAAGGGGAAACAACAACCGAAACUGCAAUAAGUGGAGGCGGUGUUUCAUCACCCGCAGUCGCAACUACAAGCACAUCAUCAGGACCAUCGACUGGUGAAGAAGCGAGUGGUGAGUGUAGUUCAAAAAGAAUGAGUUGAUUCGAUGAUGUCGACAGUCGCCGUAUAUAUACAAUCAUGGACGCAACCAACAUACAAAUUUUUAAAAUUAAAAGUGUUCAUUUUCCUCCUUAGAGUAACUACUCUUAGUUUUCCUCUCACCAUUUACGACAAAUGUUAAAUGUAAUUUAAAUUCUUUGAAUUUCCUCAGCAAUAAAUUAAAGAGUUGUGUAUCACUUGUUUCGCA